CUGAGUUGAGACAUUAUGCUCCUGGUGUUCCAAUUAUUCUUGUUGGAACAAAACUUGUUUUUUCUAGAUCAUCCUGGUGCAGCGCCUAUCACCACAGUGCAGGGUGAGGAACUGAGAAAACUUAUCGGUGCUCCAGUUUACAUCGAAUGUAGUUCAAAAACACAGCAGAAUGUGAAGGCUGUUUUUGAUGCGGCCAUCAAAGUAGUUCUCCAGCCUCCAAAGCAGAACAAAAAGAAGAGAAAGGGUCAAAAAACCUGUUCCAUAUUGUGAUCUUCUCAGUUCUAAAUUGGUAGUUGGCAGAGGAUAACA